UGAAAUUUCUCCCUUUCUCCUCUUACAUCUCUCUCUUAACAUGUCUAGAGGACGUGUUCCAUUUCCUGAUUGCACAGCCCUUCUUCUUCAUUUUUUUGUUCUUCUUCUUGCUUCCUUUUGUUCCCAAACGUUUUCGAAGUCCAGCACUACCUCUGUAGACAAUUCUAACUGUACCCUUUCUUGUGGGAAUAUUAACAUACAACCGCCCCUUCGAAUAAAAGGAGAUCCCCAAAACUGUGGCAACCAAAUGUAUGAGCUGUCCUGUGAGGAAAAUAAUACUAUUGCAGUAUUAUCCUUGUAUUCAGGAACGUAUUACGUACAGCAAAUCAAUUACAAUGAGUUCACAAUCAGAGUUGUCGAUGUUGGUAUUCGGAAGAUCAAAGACAACUACUACUCCAAUCCACUCUAUUCUUUAAGUCUCUUCAACUUUAGUAAUGCUCAAGAUCGUGAUCCGUACACCCCCGCAUCUAUUAGGCCGGUGCCUGUUAUUUUUCUCGACUGUGCAAAUCCAAUGAAUUCUUCUAUCUUCGUUGAAACAGCUCCAUGCAAUAUCAACAAGAGGACGUAUUCUUCUACUUCACCCAAUUCAUAUUCUUAUUUCGUGGUUGGAUUGGAUAUGUUGGGUUACGCAAGUUCAGUAAGUUCAUUCGAUUUGGGGGAGUCCUGCAAAAUAACACAAAUGGUUAUGGUGUCACCUUCAACCGAUAAGUCGUACAUGAUGUCAUGUGAAGCCAUAUAUAAUGAAAUAGCACGUGGCUUGGAGAUCACAUGGUUUGAUUAUGAAUGUAAAUCAAAAUGCGGAGAUAAUAUAUGCGUUCAGGGGGAGGAUGGAUUAUUCUGCCAGAAUAACGACCCUGGUAUGUGGAACAAUUUACUCAACAUAUUAUAUUCUGUUGCAUAUAGAAUUAUGUAUCCUAUAUAUACGCUCGUAAGCCUCAUUCACGUUCCCCCUCAACCAAAUUCCUUGGUCACUGAGAUUCUUUUCUUUGUAAUCGCUUACCUGGGGGAAUUGCUAGUAGCCAAAUUCGUGAUUGGCUUUCCCUGUCUAAUUGCUUUGCUAAUAUACAAAUGGCGAAGGAGGCAUUUGUCCUUGUAUGACAACAUCGAAGAUUUUCUCCAGAAAAAUAAUAAUCUCAUGCCAGUAAGAUACUCUUACUCGAAUAUCAAAAAGAUGACAAGAGGUUUCAAGGACAAAUUGGGAGAAGGAGGCUAUGGCUCUGUAUAUAAAGGAAAGCUCCGAAGUGGUGGUCUUGUAGCCAUAAAGAUGUUGGGCAAGUCCAAAGCUAAUGGGCAGGAAUUUAUCAAUGAAGUUGCCACUAUAGGAAGGAUUCAUCAUGUUAAUGUAGUGCAACUUAUUGGUUUCUGCGUUGAAGGUUCAAAACGUGCUCUUGUGUAUGACUUUAUGCCUAAUGGGUCUCUUGACAAGUACAUUUUUACUCAACAAGGAGCAAUAUCCUUAAGUUGUGAGAAAAUGUUUGAAGUUGCACUUGGAGUGGCUCGCGGUAUUGAAUAUCUACAUCGAGGAUGUACCAUGCAAAUUUUGCAUUUUGAUAUCAAGCCUCACAACAUUCUCCUAGACAAGAACUUUUCUGCGAAGGUUUCUGAUUUUGGGUUAGCAAGGCUAUGCCCAUUAGAUAAUAGCAAUGUGUUGUUAACGGCUGCAAGAGGAACAAUGGGAUACAUAGCUCCGGAAUUGAUCUAUAAAAACAUUGGAGGUGUUUCAUACAAAGCCGAUGUCUAUAGUUUUGGAAUGCUAUUGAUGGAAAUGGCUGGUAGAAGGAAGAAUUUGAAUGCAACUGUAGAGCAUACAAGCCAAAUCUACUUUCCGACAUGGGUUUCUGAACAACUCAGCGUUGGAAAUGAUAUAGAAAUAGAAGAUGCCACAGAGGAGGAAAAGAAAAUCGCAAAGAAGAUGAUCAUGGUUGCGUUGUGGUGCAUACAGCUGAAACCUAGUGAACGUCCUUCAAUGAGCAAAGUUGUAGAGAUGCUUGAAGGGGAAAUUCAGGGAAUCCAAAUGCCUCCAAAACCUUUUUUAUAUCCACAGCAAAUGCGAGUGGAGGAUCCAUCUGCAUCCCCAAAAACAGAAUCUACAGAGAUCACUUUGGUUGGACACGCACAUUAA